UCAAUAGUAACAUGGCUGAAAGUUUAUAUAUAUGUACAUAAUUAUGUACAAACAUUGACAGGAAAACUUUCUCGACCGUAUCGACGUGUAUACAGUUUAGCUGCGUACUUGAAUAUUUUGCCCAUCAAUAUUCGUAACACUUGCUCGUAAAAAUGAUACACAGCCUCUUCAUUAUAAAUUCUUCCGGCGAUGUUUUCAUGGAGAAACAUUGGAAGAGCGCGGUUGCACGUUCGCUUUGCGACUAUUUCUUUGACCAACAACGAAGAGUCUUGUCACCAGAGGAUACUCCACCAGUGAUAGCAACACCGCAUCAUUAUCUUAUUAGUAUAUACCGUUGCAAUAUGUUCUUCGUAGCAGUAUGUAUGACAGAAGUUCCUCCAUUAUUCGUCAUUGAGUUCUUGCAUAGGGUAGUGGAUACCUUUGAGGAUUACUUCAAUGAAUGCACAGAAACGAUCAUAAAAGAGAAUUAUGUGGUUGUAUAUGAAUUGUUGGAUGAAAUGUUAGACAAUGGAUUUCCUCUGGCAACAGAAUCCAAUAUAUUGAAAGAAUUGAUCAAGCCGCCUAAUAUUUUACGCACCAUAGCAAACACUGUUACAGGCAAAUCCAAUGUUAGUGCAAUUUUACCAAGUGGCCAAUUAUCCAAUGUCCCUUGGAGACGAACUGGAGUGAAGUAUACCAAUAACGAAGCUUACUUUGACGUUGUUGAGGAAGUGGAUGCUAUUAUCGAUCGAACUGGGGCAACUGUAUUUGCCGAAAUUCAAGGCUAUAUCGACUGUUGCAUAAAAUUAAGCGGCAUGCCGGAUCUCACACUUUCAUUUAUGAAUCCAAGAUUAUUCGAUGAUGUCAGCUUUCAUCCUUGCGUUAGAUUCAAGAGAUGGGAGUCCGAGAGGAUACUUUCUUUCAUCCCGCCGGAUGGUAACUUCCGCCUUCUUUCGUAUCAUAUAGGGUCGCAAAGUAUCGUAGCAAUUCCAAUAUAUGUAAGACAUAAUAUUAGUCUGAAAGAACCAGGAGGUGGCAGAUUGGAUAUAACUGUUGGACCAAAACAAACUAUCGGCAGAACUGUCGAAAAUGUGAUUCUUGAAAUUCCCAUGCCAAAGAUAGUCCUAAAUUGUACUCUAACUCCAAACCAAGGAAAAUACUCAUUUGAUCCUGUCAGCAAAGUGUUAUUGUGGGAUAUCGGAAGAAUCGAUGUUUCCAAACUGCCAAAUCUCAGAGGAUCGAUUACAAUACAAAAUUCGACAACCGUUUCUGAGUCAAACCCUGCGAUUAAUGUACACUUCACGAUUAAUCAAUUAGCAGUGUCCGGGUUAAAGGUGAACCGACUAGACAUGUAUGGCGAAAAGUAUAAACCAUUCAAAGGUGUCAAAUACAUUACCAAGGCCGGGAAAUUUCAAAUAAGAAUGUAAAUAAUGAUGUAUGAGAUUCCAGAAAAAAAGAAAAGUUAUCUUUUUGAAUAAUAUCAAAUAUGUAAUGUGCUCUGUAAAUUGUACGAGUGAAUUAAUAAGAGCGGCAAAUUUACACAUGACAUGGAGGAAGUAUUCUUU